UACCUAUAUAGACCUUUAACAUCUGUCAUUCAUGAGGAAAUUAUUUAACAAAUAGACAAUACCUGUCCAUAAUACAGCUUUUAGGUCAACUGUCCCAUUACUUCUGACAUCUUUAAAAUGGGGGAGCUACAUAUUAAACAGCUGAAUUCCUAAACCUUUCAUUCAAUUUGGAUGUGAAUACCCUCUACAUAAACCUGAGAAUGUGCACUUUAAGCCAAUAUUCAUUAUAUGACUGUAAACUGAAAUAAGUUUUGGUUAACAGCUAAAAUAACACAAAAUGUCCCUCUGUUCCAAUGCUUAUGGAGGGCACUAUAUAGGCUCAUAUUAAGUAUUGAGACUGUGAAACACAGUUUGUUACACAAAACCUAUCACGUCAGUCUUCAGUAUUCAUUACUGAGACUCAUUGUUCUUGACCCGAGUCCAUCAAGCUCCUGGCUUUCUAUAAAGAAUAGAGAAGCCAUAGCAACAGGCACUAACUGAGUGUAACAGCAGGUCCCAAACAAGCCACUGUACCGCAAGAAUGUGAUUAAAUAAGCAGCUACUGAACUGCUGGGGAAUUUUAUUUAUGGGAGAAAAACCUGCAUGAGUGAAUCAAAGAUGACUACUCAUUACAACUCAAACAGCAUAAGGAGACCAAAUCUAAGAUUGCCAUUCAGUCAACACCGUCAAACUAAUGUGAUGCUUCUUAAAAAUAAUCAAAGAGCUACAAAACACCCACAAGCUUUUCCAAUGCUGGGUGAACUUCCUUCUUUGGCAGGUUUAUUGCUCUACCCGGGAAAGAGAGAAAAGAUGGUAACCACAACAGAAAGUGCGUUUGGACCCAAAACCUGCCCAAUGUUAGAACCAAAGAAGAUUCUUCAGUGCAGUCUAACUUUGGAUGGUGACCAAUGCUUCAUUACAACAAAUAGGGAAGAUUACCCAGCUUACACAUUAGAUGGAACUCCUAUUGUGUGGCAAAAUCAAGCUCCUGUUAGAAAGGAGAUGAGUGUUCAAGAACAAAGAUCUUCUCUUUACCAGCAUGACUUUCCAGCACCAAAGAAAAAGUAUUUUAGGAGAAACCAGAUCGUACCUCAUCCUGACAACCUAGCUAUCAAUACUGCACUGAGGCAAGUAUUAAAAUGAAUGCCUUAAUUUAGUUUUACUGGACAUCUGUAGCUGAACCGUUAUAAUAAAAAUUAUUUUGUGUUCUACAGAGCAGAAUUCAGGACAGUUCAAAGAGAGGCCUACCCAGGAUGGGACGUCAUUGUGCACGCUCGACCAUUCCCUGCCCAAAUUAAAAUAACAGAAUAAUUAAACAAAUAACUUCAAUGUAAGUGCGUUUCAGAAAACACAUGUGAAUUUUUAAAUAUGCCUGCUUUACAUAAUAAGGAUGCAUGUAAUGAUAAUAAAAAAUAUAUUUUGUCUUUGCGUUUCUAAGUUUUAUAAACAUAAAAUAUUGUUUUUUUAACUGGUAAUAUACUUCUGUAAUUUUUUAUUCCAUAAUUAAUAAAAAAACUAAUAAAUAAGAAUGUAUAGCCUCAUUUAUUGGGUCUC